AUGCACUUCGCCACCACCCUUUUCGCAGCUGUCUUAGCCCUCCUGCCGUCCGUGCAGGCCGAGAUUCCUCCCGGCAACUGGAUGCAGCUUGACUGCUAUGUGGGAUACGUAUACAAGGAUGGCCAGAUGCUUGAUACGAACCAUAAUCUCCACUACGACUGGCAACUUACUGCACAAGCCUGUAACAACAAUUACGCUUCCUCUGUGGCGAAAUACAGCAUUGGACGCGGCAGAUGCAUCGCCUAUACUAGUGAUGGGUUGAAUGGUGCUGAUUGGUGGGAGAACUGCAAGAAGCAAGCUCAGAAUGGUUGGUAUGAUGUCGAUAGGAUCACUGGAGAUGUUGUCAUCAACGGUUCUCCUUACAAGGCCUAUGAUGCCGAAGGUCGGGGCUAUUAG